AUGAAAAACGGCAAUCCUCCUUUUUUUAAAGUUGACACCAGUCUUGCCUCUGAAGGUGGUUGCCAAUCUCCAGCUCCUUCGACACCUGUGUCCGCUUAUGUACCUUUCACUUCAGCCAAAAAAUCAUCGCCGAUGUCGCCUUCGAAGGAACCCUCUUCUAGACUUCCUACUGUUGCUACCAUUUCUUUAGCUCCUACAACUACAACCACUGUUGUCACUACAACGACUACAACGACAACGACUUUUCCUCCUCUGCUCUUAAAACCUCCACCUUUACCAAAACAGCUAGAUCCGAAAGAAUAUCCGUUGGCUGAUACUCCGACUCCUCCAGCACUUAAACGUUUUUGCUUCGAUUUAAACGGACAACCCGCCUACAUUAGAGAGGACGAAGAUUCGGAACAACAAAUUAUCAAGCUUCAAGAAGCCUUGUAUAAUAUGCGAGCAUCUUCCACUCCAUCGACAAGAACGGUCAAGACAAGUGUUACUUCAACUCAGCAAUCAUAUAAUGAUAAUUAUGUAGAUACUAUACCUUCUGGAAGUGGUGCUCGUAAAAGGCCCGCUUCUCCUAUCGAACCAGCAAUCGAUUUCUCUGUUAACGCUCAACAUCAAAAUAGUAUAGGUACUUAUAAUAAAUUAUCACGAGAAAGAAGGUCUUUAUCUCCUCCUCAUAAAAAGGUCCGUGCAAAAUCUGUAAACUCAAUGUUGGAACAGGAAAACGAGCUGGCCUCACAGAGACAAUGGAUGGAAUUUACUACAGAUUUUCGGGAUAAUAGCGUUAAUUCAGGAAUUACAAUACCGAGAACUAAUACUCCAUUGAGUACUGUACAAGGUGAAUCAUCAACAUCAAUAAUUACUCAACAGGUUCCCACUACUUCCAGACCUUUUAAUACUAUAUCGACUUCGAACCUUGGAAUGGAUACUCCUUCAACUACAAGAAGUACUCAUUCAUCCGCUCUUCCAUCUCCUUCACUAUCUCCGAUUGCUGGUGUUUCAACUUCACGUAACACUAAUCAAUUUGAAACUUAUUUCGCCGAACAUUCCGUUCGUGACGACGUGGAUGGUGAUGAUGUCACUGUCGAUGAGCCGUUAUCUACCGGUAUCAAUGAAAAUUGGAGUUUACAACAAAUUACUACUACUGAUACAUCUAAUACUCCUAGUUUAUGGGAUUUGAACACUAUGCUUACAACUUUUGAUGCUUUACCUGCUUCAAUGAAAUCUUAUAUGUUAUUCCAACUUCUUCGUCGUUGUCCCACAAAUACUCUUCAAUAUGUUAGUAAUAUUAUUUUACCAGCUUUAAGGAAAGAUUUCGUUGGAACACUUCCUAUUGAACUUAGUCUACAUAUAGUAAGGUAUUUAGAUGCUGGGAGCAUGUGUAGAGCAGCUCAAGUUAGUAAACGGUGGAGAAAUGUUAUUGAUGGUGAUGGUUUGACAUGGCAGCGUCGUCUUAAAUUAGAUGGAUUCGGUGUCGAUCCUAAUGAAGAAUCACGUGCUAUUGCAGAAAAUUGGGGACUUAUACGUCCUAUAAAAUCUACUCAUAAUAGAAAUCGACAAUUAGAUAGUACAAAUAAUGAAAGUGGUACUUCAUCUUCUGAGGAAAGAACUGUUGUAGAAAUUGAUGAUGAUGAUACUGAUAAUAUGAGAGUCGUUAAUGAAGAUAAAGAAAGUUCAUCUGAUUCUUCUGGAUUAGAUAUGUAUAGAACUAGUCUUAACGAUAAUAUGGCAGUUGAUAUCGACAUUUCUGAUCAGAAAAAUAAUUCGAUUGUCGAUAAUAAUGAAUUACAAGACUCCAUCACUCUUUCACCAACAGGAACUGAUGAACCAUCAUCUUCAGUUGGCACUAGUUCAUUAUUUGAAGAAAAACCUCCACUUCCACCUUCUGCAACUCAUCCAUAUAAAGCUAUUUAUCGUCGUCACUAUCUUAUGAGGCAAAAUUGGAUUAAUGGCCGACAUAAACAUAUAUCUUUUCAAGGUCAUGGCAAUAACGUUGUUACAUGUCUUCAAUUUGAUUCCGAAAAGAUAAUUUCAGGUUCUGAUGAUCAAUGCAUCAAUGUAUAUGAAACUUCAACGGGUAAAUUAAUUAAUCGACUUGAGGGUCAUGAUGGUGGUGUAUGGGCAUUACAAUAUGUUGAUAAAACGUUGGUAUCCGGAUCUACUGAUCGAACCGUGAGAGUGUGGGACCUUGAAAAAGGCAUUUGCACUCAUGUUUUCCCGGGGCAUACGAGUACUGUUCGAU